UCGGCUCAGUUGUUGCAGAAUGAAUUUUGUCGUUCGAUAUCCGAGAUAUGUGCAGUUGCAUUUUGAUCAAUUUUGAUGUGAAUUCUUGAACAAUAUUGUGCAAGGUAUUCCCGUCUACACGAUAGUCAGGAAAUACCGACCAAAUGCGGAACAGUGUCUCAGUGCGAUAAAUUACGUACAUCGGAGCUAUAUGUUGAUCUAGUGCGUUCAAACGGGCAGUUAAUAAGGAAAACAUGAGUUAUCACCGUGGAGGAGGUAACAAGCCUAAAGGCUUUGGCUUUGCGGGCUUCCAAAUGACUGGCACUAAGAGAAGUGGCUCUAAUAUACCACCUCCUCCUCCUAAUUCGACGCUGAGCAAGCAAGGCUAUCAUACCAUGAACUCUAUCACAGAGAAUGCCUUAUCGGCCUGUUGGGGCAUGCCAAAGAAACGUAGUAAAACCGAAGAAGAAUACUUUGAGGACGACGACGAUCCUCCAACGUCCUCAUUGGAGUAUAUUCCGGCCCCUGGAUCUCCUACUUACGACCUGAUGAAAAAAUCCGCACCUAAAGAGGACAGCGACAGCGAGGAAGAUCCAUUGGACGCUUUCAUGGCCGGCAUCGACGCGGAAGUAAAGAGGAACACCUACGAGGCUCAGUUGGCUGAGGACGAGCGCAAGGAGGAUAAAUCGAAAGGAUUCAGGGCGGAUAUAGACGGGGAGGACGACGAGGAGAGUUACUACAGGUACAUGGAGGAGAAUCCGACCGCGGGUCUGCAACAAGAGGAGUCCGACCAGGAGAUCGAGUACGAUGAGGACGGGAAUCCGAUUGCACCGCCGAAAAAGAAGGAGAUCGAUCCUCUGCCACCCGUCGAUCACAGCGAGAUACAAUAUGAACCGUUCGAGAAGAACUUUUACAAUGUUCACGAGGAGAUCGCUAGCUUGAAGAAGCAACAAAUCGAUGACUUGAGAAAGACUCUGGGUAUCAAAGUAUCCGGGCCUUCUCCACCGAAUCCGGUCACCAGUUUCGGGCACUUUGGUUUCGAUGACGCGUUGAUCAAGUCGAUCAGGAAAAAUGAGUACACCCAACCCACUCCAAUCCAAGCACAAGCAGUCCCUGCCGCACUCAGCGGCAGGGACAUUAUUGGUAUAGCAAAGACUGGCAGUGGUAAAACGGCGGCGUUCAUUUGGCCCAUGCUGGUUCACAUUAUGGAUCAGCGGGAGCUGAAGGCCGGCGACGGACCCAUCGGAUUGAUCCUCGCUCCGACGAGAGAGCUGUCCCAACAGAUCUAUCAAGAGGCGAGAAAGUUUGGCAAAGUAUACAAUAUUCAAGUAUGCUGCUGCUACGGAGGUGGCAGCAAAUGGGAGCAGAGCAAAGCGUUGGAAGGAGGUGCGGAAAUAGUGGUCGCUACGCCGGGCAGAAUGAUAGACUUAGUUAAAAUGAAGGCAACGAAUUUAACCAGAGUCUCGUUCCUCGUGUUGGACGAAGCCGACCGAAUGUUCGACAUGGGUUUCGAACCGCAGGUGCGUUCUAUAUGCAACCACGUUAGACCCGACAGGCAAACGUUGUUGUUCAGCGCGACUUUUAAAAAGAGGGUGGAAAAACUUGCUAGGGAUGUUUUAACGGACCCGGUCAGAAUAGUUCAAGGCGAUGUCGGCGAAGCGAAUGCCGACGUUACUCAGCACGCGAUAGUCUUUAAUAAUAAUCCAAUCGGCAAGUGGUCUUGGUUGUUGCAAAACUUGGUAGAAUUUCUGAGCGCCGGGAGUCUGCUGAUCUUCGUAACGAAAAAGUUGAACGCCGAAGAGCUCGCGAACAAUCUUAAAUUAAAAGAAUUCGACGUUUUACUGCUCCACGGUGACAUGGAUCAGAUCGAAAGGAACAAAGUGAUCACAGCUUUCAAGAAGAAAGAUGUCAGCACGUUGGUCGCUACCGAUGUCGCGGCCCGCGGUUUGGACAUUCCACAUAUCAAAACGGUCGUGAAUUACGACGUCGCGCGAGACAUAGACACCCACACGCACAGAAUAGGUAGAACUGGCCGAGCCGGCGAGAAGGGUACCGCUUACACGCUCGUCACGGAGAAGGACAAAGAGUUCGCUGGACACUUGGUUCGGAACUUGGAGGGAGCGAAUCAGGAGGUACCAAAGAGUCUGAUGGAUCUUGCGAUGCAGAGCGCUUGGUUCCGGAAGUCUAGAUUCAAGGGCGGUAAAGGAAAAAGCUUGAACGUCGGAGGAGCUGGACUUGGAUUCAGGGGUCGACCGGACGCGUCUCCGACUUCGAGCGGAGGUCCUUCGUCGCAAGGCUCGAAAGACAUAAGCGAAGUUGUGAAAAAGUUGGAAAGGCACGGGCCCGGUAGCGAUCGUUUGUCCGCAAUGAAAGCCGCUUUCCGCAGUCAAUACAAUUCUCAGUUUCGGGCAUCGUCGGAUCACACGUGGGAACAAACUAUAACGCCGCCUUCUGUGAUAAUGCCUCCACCGCCGCCGGUCCCGCCGAAACCGAACACGGAGCAGUCGCGGAAUCAGGAGAACCAAGCUGCGAACGCGACGGGAGAGAGGAGAAGAGUGAGAAAGAGUCGAUGGGAAUAAUCGGACGCCUGUCAAUCCACGAUUAUUUUGUGUAUACUGCUAUGCUGCGAUAAUAUGCUAAGAAUCGACGAUACCGAAUUGUUUUAUAUUAUAUCAAAAUUUAAUUUUACCAA